GUACAUGCGCAGAGGAAUAAAACAGUGGUAAAGAAGCUGCAAGAAAGUUAUAUUCUGCGGUUUGGAAUUUCAGUUGGCAAAAGGAAAUGGCAUUUCGCAAUGGAUGUUUCUUUAUGACAGAUUUUCAUGAGGAGAUGGCAGGGAAAAAAGAUGUGAAGUUUGUUCUUGGUGAUGAUGAAGCUAUACCAGAAGAGGGGGAGUAUAGGAAGGGAAGCACAACCUCCCCUGGAGCCAGCCCACCUAUUCCUGUACCUAGCAGUAAAACAGCACCCAUCUCGAUCAGUGUUACAUCACCAACCAGAAAUGUUCAACUACAGCCCGGAGCAGAGUUGUCCAUGAGUCCCCGAACAAUGCUGAGGAAUAUGUCAGGACACAGGCAUUCAAUGUCUGGAAGUUUCGACAUACGAGGGAAGCGGCAGUCAAUACCUAAAGAAUUCUGUGUUGCCACGCCAGAGGAAUUGGUACAGACCUAUGGGGGUAGCAAGGGAACUGUUAUAAAAAAGGUUUUGAUAGCAAACAAUGGUAUAGCUGCUGUAAAAUGUAUCAGAUCUGUGCGAAGAUGGUCGUACGAAAUGUUUCGUUCGGAGAGGGCCAUCAGAUUUGUUGUCAUGGUUACACCAGAAGAUCUCAAAGCAAAUGCAGAAUAUAUCAGGAUGGCAGACCAAUAUGUACCAGUACCAGGAGGGACCAACAACAACAACUAUGCCAAUGUAGAACUUAUUCUUGAUAUUGCUAAAAGGACCCAAGUACAGGCUGUUUGGGCCGGAUGGGGUCAUGCCUCAGAGAACCCUAAACUUCCUGAACUUCUUCACAAGAAUGGAAUUGUUUUCAUAGGCCCACCAGAAGGGGCUAUGUGGGCUCUUGGAGACAAAAUUGCCUCCUCCAUACUUGCCCAGACUGCUGGGGUUCCUACACUACCAUGGAGCGGUUCUGGUCUUAAGAUUCAGUGGUCCGAGGGUGAACAAAGUAAGGGCAAGCAUUUCACUGUCCCACAGGAUUUAUACAAGAAAGGUUGUGUACAUGAUGUGGAUGCUGGUAUUAAGGUGGCGGCUGAGAUUGGUUAUCCUGUGAUGAUCAAAGCUUCUGAGGGCGGUGGUGGAAAGGGUAUCAGAAAAGCUACAAAUGCGGCUGAUUUUCCCAAUCUCUUCAGACAGGUUCAGACAGAGGUGCCUGGUUCCCCUGUUUUUGUGAUGAAGAUGGCGCAAGCGGCACGUCACCUGGAGGUUCAACUGAUAGCAGACUGUUACGGUAACGCAAUCUCUCUGUUUGGACGUGAUUGUUCCAUACAGAGACGUCAUCAGAAGAUCAUUGAAGAAGCUCCCACAUCAAUUGCUUCAAGUUCCACAUUCAGGAAAAUGGAAGAGGCAGCAGUGAAACUUGCUAAGAUGGUUGGCUAUGUAAGUGCUGGGACUGUAGAGUAUCUCUACAAUGCUGAUGAUGGGACGUUCUAUUUCCUUGAACUGAACCCUAGGUUACAAGUGGAACAUCCCUGUACAGAAAUGGUAGCUGAUGUGAAUCUUCCUGCUCUACAGUUACAGAUAGCGAUGGGUCUGCCGUUGUACUGUAUGAAGGAUAUACGCUGCCUGUAUUGUGAAUCUGCAGCAGGCAGUUCUAUGAUAGAUUUUGAGAAACCCAAGUUACCACCACAACCUAAAGGUCAUGUGAUAGCUGCAAGAAUAACCAGCGAAAACCCUGAUGAGGGAUUUAAACCAAGCUCAGGUACAGUGCAAGAGCUGAAUUUCCGCAGCAGUAAGAAUGUAUGGGGUUACUUCAGUGUUGCAGCGUCGGGAGGUCUGCAUGAGUUUGCUGACUCUCAGUUUGGUCAUUGCUUCUCCUGGGGUGAGGACAGGGAAGAUGCCAGAGAAAACAUGGUAAUUGCUUUGAAGGAGUUAUCUAUUCGGGGUGAUUUCCGUACCACAGUAGAGUACCUGACCAAACUGCUGGAAACAGAAGAGUUUCAGUCUAAUAAAAUCACUACAAGCUGGCUGGAUAAGCUGAUUGCGGAGAAGGUACAGGCGGAGAAACCAGACAUGAUGUUAGGCGUGAUCUGUGGAGCUCUACAUAUAGCUGAUCACAUGAUACAGUCAGGCUUCCAGGACUUUCAAACUUCACUCAAUAGAGGACAAAUUUUACCAGCCAAUUCUCUGAAGAACAUUGUGGAAGUAGAGUUCAUAUACGAAGGCUUCAAAUUCUCCUUGGAGGUUGUUAAAACUGGUGCUAUAAGGUAUUUCCUAUCUCUGAAUGAUUCCACGCUGGAGUUGGAAGCUCACAGACUUAGUGAUGGUGGACUGUUGCUGUCUAUAGAUGGAUCAAGUUACACUACGUACAUGAAGGAACAAGUUAGCAGCUACAGAAUUACCAUAGAUAACCAAACAUGUGUUCUACAGAAAGAAAAUGACCCCACCGUAUUAAGGUCACCGUCGGCUGGGAAGUUGAUCAAUUAUGUUGUAGAGGACGGAGGACAUGUGUUCAGUGGGGACGUGUAUGCUGAGAUUGAAGUGAUGAAAAUGGUUAUGGAGUUACGUGUUACUGAAAAUGGCUGUGUACAUUAUUUGAAGAGACCUGGUGCAGUUUUAGACUCUGGAACAAUUGUGGCAAACCUGGUCCUGGAUGAUCCCACAAGGGUUGUACAGGCCAAACCGUGUACAGAUAAACUUCCGAGCUCUGAAAAUCCUCCAACACAUGGUAUGAAGCUCCACCAGAUAUAUAAGAGGAACAUGGAGGAGCUGGAGAACAUGCUGGCUGGUUACGUGUUACCGGAACCGUACUUUACAGAGAAACUGAAGGCUGUAGUGGAUAGUCUCAUCAAAUGUCUCAAAGAUCCUUCCCUUCCUCUGCUUGAACUACAGGAAAUGAUUGCAGUAACAUCUGGACGUAUUCCAUCAAGAGUUGAAAAAGCCAUAAGGAAGUUGCUGUCAUCUUAUGCCAGUAAUUUGACUUCAGUAUUAAGUCAGUUUCCAAGUCAACAGAUUGCCAAUGUAAUAGACGGGCAUGCAGCAACCCUCACAAGGCGAGCAGAGAGGGACGUGUUCUUCAUGAAUACUCAGGGAAUUGUUGAGCUUGUGCAGAGGUAUAGGAAUGGUGUACGAGGCCACAUGAAGUCUGUGAUACAAGAUUUACUGAGGCAGUAUCUCAAAGUGGAAAUACAGUUCCAACAUGGUCACUAUGAUAAAUGUAUAGCCCAGCUGAUAGAGAGAAACAAAGAUGAUAUAGGUGUUGUUACAGGCAAUAUAUUCUCUAGUCUCGCCGUCGCCAAGAAAAAUGCUCUCAUCAUUAUGCUUAUUGAACAAUUAUGUGGCAAGGAUAUGAACCUAACAGAUGACCUCACAUGUAUUCUUACCGAACUUACAAACUUAAAUCGUACUCUGAAUGCCAAAGUUGCCCUGAAAGGUCGCCAGGUGCUUAUUGCUGCUCACCAGCCACCAUAUGAAUUGAGACAUAACCAGAUGGAGAAUAUCUUCCUGUCUGCGGUCGACAUGUACGGUCAUGACUUCUGUCCAGAGAGUCUACAGAAACUGAUCAAUUCAGAGUCAGCUAUUUAUGAUGUCCUGCAGGAGUUCUUCUUUCACAAUAAUGCUUUAGUCAGAGUGGCAGCAUUGGAGGUAUAUAUCAGGAGAGCUUAUAUAGCUUAUGAAUUAAACUGUCUGGUACAUAGGCAGCUACAGGAGGGAAUGUGUGUGGUCGAGUUUAGAUUUGUACUUCCUAGAUCUCAUCCUAACAGAAUGAUGGUGACACGUUUUGAUUCACGAGUACACGGCAGUAUGGCGAGUAUAGACAGUUCGGGAAGUGGUGUGAGCGUAGAGAACUUUGAGGAUAACAACCACAUUGAUCAGCUUGAUGAGCAACCAGUCGCCUCAAGGAUGGGAGUCAUGGCAGCUUUCUCUUCAUUUGAUGAAUUUACAAAACAUUUUGAUGCUAUAAUGGACAUGUUUGUAAUGGAGGAGGAUCUCCCAGAUAGUCCACUAGACAUUGAGGAUGGCUUCGGGUUUGAACCAGGAAAAGAGGAUACCAUAUCUGUACAGAGUGUGACAGUGUCGGAUGCUGGAGGGGACAAUGAACCAAUACAUAUUAUAAACAUUGCCAUCCAGACCACUGUAUCUACCGAUGAUGAAACUUUGUCUAGUCAGUUUGCUGCUUUCUGUAAAGAAAAGAAUCAUACCAUGGCUGAAAGAGGAAUCCGGAGAAUUACAUUUGUUGUCCUACGAAAGAAAAUUUUGCCAAAAUACUUCACCUUCAGAGCCAAGUUCAAGUUUAACGAGGACAGAAUAUACCGUCACCUGGAACCAGGACUUGCCUUCCAGUUAGAGAUUAACCGGAUGAGGAACUUUGACUUAGAGACUAUACCAACUGCUAAUUAUAGAAUGCAUGUUUAUCUUGGAAAAGCAAAGCAAGUAGCUAAGGGCAAAGAGGCAUCGGACUACCGUCUGUUUGUAAGAUGUAUCAUUCGUCAUUCGGAUCUUAUAACGAAGGAAGCGUCCUUCGAAUAUCUGCAUAAUGAAGGGGAGAAAACUCUGCUUGAAGCUAUGGACUCACUGGAAGUUGCCUUCAGUCAUCCAAUAGCCUCAAAGACAGAUUGUAACCAUAUUUUCCUGAAUUUUGUACCAACACUGACACUGGCAGAACCUGGAAAGCUUGAAGAGACAGUUCACAACAUGGUAAUGAGAUAUGGCCUACGUCUGUUGAAACUGAGAGUUCUCGGUGCUGAACUCAAGUUCUCCAUCAGGGUUGGGGGUCAAAGUUUCCCUAUCCGUCUGUACCUGACCAAUGAGAGUGGCUACUACCUAAACAUAAACCUGUAUAGGGAGGUCACAGAUCCUAGGACUGGUCUGGUAAUGUUGCAAGCCUAUGGUUCCAAGAAGGGUCCUGCAGAUGGAUUACUGGUGUCGUCUGCUUACGUUACCAAGGAUCAUCUACAGUUGAAACGGUACCAGGCUCAGUCUAAUGGUACUACCUAUGUAUAUGACUUCCCAGAAAUGUUCAAGCAGGCUUUAAAGAAGUUAUGGAAAUCGCAUGUAGAUUUGUAUGAAUUAGGAGAGAACAUGAUACCAGAUGAUUGCAUCACAUACAGGGAAAUAGUGCUUGCAGUAGAUAAAGGUGGUAGAGAUGGACACAUACAUGAACAAAAUAGAUUACCUGGCGAAAAUGAGAUUGGAAUGGUAGCAUGGCACAUGACGAUAAGAACACCUGAAUUCCCGAGGGGACGUGACAUUAUAGUGAUUGCCAAUGACAUCACAUUUAGGAUUGGAUCAUUCGGCUUCCUUGAAGACUUGCUGUUCAAGAAAGUAUCAGAGCUGGCCAGAGCUAAAGGGCUACCUCGUGUGUACAUCUCGGCCAACAGUGGAGCUAGGAUAGGUCUGGCUGAAGAAAUUAAACACUUAUUCAGAGUGGCCUGGCAAGAUCCUAAAGAUCCAGAUAAGGGUUUCAAAUAUUUAUACCUGAGACCAGAUGAUUUUAAGAAAGUGUCAGCAUCAAAUUCUGUACGAGCCACAUUAAUAGAGGAUCAGGGAGAGUCUCGGUACAAGAUUACAGACAUUAUCGGCAAGGAAGAGGGGCUCGGUGUAGAAAAUCUGCGUGGGUCAGGCAUGAUUGCAGGCGAAUCUUCACAUGCUUACAAAGAUAUUGUGACCAUAAACUUGGUUACAUGCAGAGCUAUAGGUAUUGGAGCCUAUCUAGUGAGACUGGGUCAGAGAAUUAUUCAGGUGGAAAAUUCACAUAUCAUCCUCACAGGUGCUGGGGCUCUCAAUAAGGUGUUGGGACGUGAGGUAUACACCAGUAACAACCAGCUAGGAGGUAUUCAGAUCAUGCAUAAUAAUGGUGUGUCCCACUCUACAGUUCCUGAUGAUUUUGGUGGAGUCUGCAAAAUACUAGAGACCCUGUCAUAUGUUCCUGCUGUACGAGGUGGCCCCCUGCCAGUUUUAUCUGUCCAUGACCCAGUAGACAGAGAUAUAGACUUCGUACCUACCAAGGCACCAUAUGAUCCCCGCUGCAUGCUCGCAGGUCGACCACACCCUGAUAACAAGGGGGAGUGGCAGUCAGGUUUCUUUGAUAAGGAAUCCUUCAGUGAGAUUUUACAACCAUGGGCACAGACUGUUGUAGUUGGAAGGGCAAGACUUGGAGGUGUACCAGUGGGUGUAGUGUCAGUGGAGACAAGAACAGUAGAGUUAUCAAUACCAGCAGAUCCUGCUAACUUUGAUUCUGAAGCCAAGGUAAUACAACAAGCAGGGCAGGUAUGGUUUCCAGACUCCGCCUUCAAAACAGCUCAGGCUAUUAUGGACUUCAACAAAGAAGAGUUGCCACUUAUGAUAUUUGCCAACUGGAGAGGAUUCUCUGGAGGAAUGAAAGACAUGUAUGACCAGGUUUUGAAGUUUGGAGCAUACAUCGUAGAUGCCCUGUGUGAAUAUGAACAACCAGUCAUGAUCUAUAUCCCACCAUACGCAGAACUUAGGGGUGGAGCCUGGGUAGUUGUUGAUCCCACCAUCAAUCAAAGACACAUGGAAAUGUUUGCUGAUCAGCUUAGCAGGGGAGGUGUGUUAGAACCAGAGGGUACUGUCGAGAUUAAGUAUCGCAAGAGAGAUCUUCAGAAAACCAUGUGGAGAAUAGAUCAAAAAUGCCGUCAACUUGUGGAGAAGAUGGCUAACCCUCAAAACUCUGAAGAGGCAAAUAAGAAAUAUGCAGAGGAACUGAGAAAGCGUGAAGAUCUUUUGAUGCCAAUGUACCACCAGGUGGCAGUUCAUUUUGCUGAUCUCCAUGAUACUCCGGGUCGUAUGGAGGCUGUAGAAGUGAUCUCAGGUGUGCUAGAUUGGAAGAGAAGUAGAGAAUUUUUCUACUGGAGGAUAAGACGUCGAUUGUUAGAAGAAAACUUGAAGAAGAAAGUACGUCAGUUUACAGAGAAGAAAACGGAUGGACAGCUGGGCUCAAUGAUGAGUAGAUGGUUUGCUGAGGAGAAAGGAACUGUAAAUUCCUACCAAUGGGAGGAUGAUAAGGUUGUGGUAGAAUGGCUGUCAGAACAACUUGAUGAAACUAACAGUAAAAGUCUUAUCAGUGAAAAUGUACGGUGCUUAAAGAGAGAACAUGUUCUUAAUCAAGUUAGAGGAUUGAUAGAAAACAACCCUGAGGUUGCCAUGGAUUCCAUUGUUCAUAUCACCCAGCACAUGACCUCGGCCCAGAGGUCAGAGGUGUCCAGAAUUCUAGCAAGUAUGGAAACAUAGGUCACGUGACUGAUGAGACCACAUAUAUGAUUUAAAGUGUCAGUAGUAGUUCAAACAGUGCUGCAAUGUGCAAUACAUGCAUUUAAUGCUUAGAGGGAGAUAUUGAGAACAAAAGAACUACAUUGCUGUGGUUUUCAGGAACAGGGUAUGCAAUAUAUGCUUAACUUCCUGGUCUCUUAUGAAGUGCCAAUUAUUUAAUGUGCAUUUUUCACAUAACUGCUGACUUUGUAUAGUUACCAUGAUAUUAUGUGACAAAAGAUUAUCCAUUUGAACAAAAAUUCUGGUAUUAUAAUGUAUUUUGAAAGCAUCAUCUGUUGAUGCACUGUGACAUUUAAAUUUGUUCUAAACAUUGUGUCAAAACAAUCAGUUUUCUGGCAGAAGUGUUAUUCUUCCAUGAUACAUAAGUACUAGUACAUACUGGUACAUUAGUACUUACCUGGACAUUAAGAUAAACUAACAGAUAAUUGUAAUUGUAAAACUUUUUUUACCAAAGUCCAAAAAUGGUCAUAAUUAGGCAAUGUAAAAUAGUAUGGAAGACCUCUUAUCAACUGCAGUUCGAUUUUCUUCCUUAAUUAAAAACAAAAAAACAGGAACCAGUUUGCCAAAUUUAGCAGUGUACAAUCGGGGUAUAGGUAUAUACAAUCAAUUUGUUAUUAAUUCUCAGUGCUAUGAUUGUGUUCAGGAUAUACAUUGAAUCAUCAUUGAAACUUGAAAUGUGACAUCUGUGUGUUGUGUUGAUAAUACAUUGUGUUGUGAUUGAGUUUAGAAAUGAUGAACAGCACAACCAUGUUUUAAUAUAUUUAAACAUGAAAAAGAGGUUAUAUGUCGGCAGAAUAAUUUUAAGACAUUGACAUCAAUAUUGCUGUGUUUUUGUGAACGUGAAUGGGAAUUUUCAUUUUAGAAUAAUGGAUAAAUCAUUAACUGAUUUUAAUUAUUAACUUAACCAGAACCAAAUUUAUACUUUUAUUGUUUGUUUUUUUGCAAAGCAUGUAACAUGUAGGCAGCAAGAUUUAUAAAGGCAUAGCGUCAGUAUUUAUAUUCAGUCUACCGUCUGUAUAUUUAUAGAUGAUUCAGGGAUGUAAAUGUGUGUUGAAUGUUUCAUUUAGUUUAGAAUGAAUGUUGUUAAUGUAUUUCUUAAUGGGGAAGUUUGUUGUAACCUGGGCAUUGUAUUUUUUGUUGUAAAAGAUGUUCAUUUAUAACCAGCAUGCAUUUGUUAAUAAAUUCACCAAACUUCACUUUCUAGUGCAGUACAACAGUCAGUUAUAUGGAACAUUUUUUCAGUCUAUUCACUUUUGCCCAUUUGAAAAGUGAUGAUUAUUAGUGUUAAACUAUGUGAACUAAAUUAAUUUCUGUAUUGUAUAUAAAUUAUCCACAAUUGAAAUAUUAAAAUUAUGCUGAAUGAUUAAAUUUCAUAAGCAUAAAUUUUCUUUGUUUCGACUGAUUUGUGGGAGAAUAGUUUAUUGAAUUUGUUCAUUAAGAUUUAAUUUUGUUUGUUAAUGAAACCACGUACCCAAUUUUUGAAAAUAAGUCUCCUGUGAAUGAUAAUGAUUUUGCAUUCUAACAUGGCUCGAUUUGAUUUCCAGUUAAACAAAAAAGGAAAUCAAGCUCUGUAUAGUCCGUGAUAAACAACGGUUGACGCAUGGACUGGUAAGAGAACAUUAUGACGUCAAAUUGCCGCAUGAUGUCUGAUACAUUACUCCUUGGGCAAAUGAAGUCCAGCAUAAUAUUUAUUAAAAUAUGUCAUUGAGCAUGUCGGAAAGAAAACAAUCAAGGCCUUCUUGUGAUUUAUCAUCUAAUUUACCACGGCUCAUCGUUUGAUGCUUCAGUAUUUAACCACUCAGGCUAACGCCCUCGUGGAUCAGUUCCUACGCAUCUGAACUCUGAACCAUGGUAUGUUAGACGACAGACCAUUUUAAGGCCUUGAUUAUUUGUUAAAUAUACUGUGGAAUCAUUUUACUUCGUUGGCACAAAAUUUUGUUGUUCGGACCAAAAUAGCUAUACCGUUGGGAUAUCAAUUUGUAUAAUGGAUGGAAAUAUUACUUCUUCAGGAUUUCAUUCUGUUGAUUGACUCCACCACGAAAUCCAUCAUUUAGUCCCCCACAAGUAUUAAUAAUUUCGCGAUAUUUAUACAUUUUUUUCUGUAAUUGUUGGGAUCAAUUUUAUAGACUGUUUUCAUUCAUUAUAUGCUUGUUUAUUUAUUAUCAUUGUUAAUGAUUAAGUAUUCUAUGUUGAUGUAUAAAUUGCUCAAUUUUGUUUUUUAGUUAGUGGCUACAUGUAAGUGCUGUCUAUUUAGUUCUUAACCUUAACAAAUUUAGAUUGGUUUCUUGUUGAUGUUACAACCAAUUAAGAUAACUAGCAAAAUGUAACCCUCACUGAGAAUGUGAUAAAAUGUUUCUGGAAGGAAUGAACAGUGCUGAGUUUGUUGAAUUCUAAAGAAGUUUUCGUGAAUUCAUCUCUAUUAAAAUCAGCGUUGCCCCCCAUGUUACCGAAGUAGGCGGUACACAACACUUCUAAUCAGGAGGUCGUAGGUUUGAAUUUUGAGCAAGUCAUAUAUGCUUGAUGAUUGACUGAUGACAAUAUUCUUUAGCCAUCUGUCCACCAUCUUUGAUUCAUAUGUGGAAGUUGUACCUUACUUGUGGAGACCAGGGUAAUACUGAUAUGAUUAACUCUGAACGCCAUGUAGAAAUGCUGUGUAUAAAUGAAAUACAGUUGAAAAACUCUUGUUUAACAAAACCAAUACUGAAUCGGUGUAGUUUGUUAACUGGUCUAAAACUUUUAUAACAGUGAAAUUUAUUAGUCCCCUACUGGUUGAAAACCAGUUUCGGGGACUAUAGGAAUGCGCUUUUCCGUCAUUCCAUCCGUCUGUCCAAUUUCAUGUCCGGUCCAUAACUCUGUCAUCCAUGAAGGGAUUUUAAUAUUACUUGGCACAAAUGUUCCCCAUGAUGAGACAAUGUGUCGUGCGCAAAACCCGGACCCCUAUCUCAAAGGUCAAGGUCACAGUUGGAGGUCAAAGGUCAGCAGGGCUUUUUAUCCUGUCCGGUCCAUAACUCUCCCAUCCAUGAAGGGAUUUUAAUAUUAUUUGGCACAAAUGUACCUCAUAAUAAGACGAUGUGUCAUGCACAACUUUCAGACCCCUAGCUCAAAGGUCAAGGUCACACUUAGCAGUCAAAUGUUAACAUGGCAUUAACAGGGUCUGUUUCAUGUCCGGUCCAUAACUCUGUCAUUCAUUAAGGGAUUUUAAUAUCACUUGGCACAAAUGUUCCCCAUGAUAAGACGAUGUAUCAUGCUCAAAAGCUUGACCCCUGGCUCAAAGGUCAAGGUCACAAUUGGGGGUUAAAGGUCAACUGGGCUUUUUUCCUGUCCGGUCCCUAGGUCUAAGGUCAAGGUCAUACUUGGAGGCCAAAGGUUAAAUUUAAGAAUAACUUUGUCCGAAGCAGUUCUUCUUCAUGCUUGGAGGGAUUUUGCUGUAACUUGGCACAAAUGUUCACCACCAUGAGGCACCCUUGAUUUGAGAAUUACGUCCCUUUGUUUUUUCGGUAAAUAGAUUAUAACGUUACUUUUUUAUUACUGGCCCUAGGGAAAGAUCGAGACUACUUUUCUGUGGUACAACAUACAUGUUACAUCGAAUUUUUAGGUGUAUUUUGACUUAUUUCUACCUGGUAAAGAGUUUUGUUUGGACUUAUAAUAAAAAAAUUUUUUCAGGAUUAAUUUCCCUUUGUUUUUACUAUAAUACUAUAAAUAACUUGAAUGAUAACUUUUUUAUAAUUGGCCAAAAAAUCCAUGUGAAAACUAACUGUAGGUUUUUAUACAUGCAAAUUUUAAUCCAAGGUUUUGUUAUAACAUAUUGUAUAUAUAGUACAAUAUUGUUUAUACAUAAUUGACAGAUAUCAGUUCAUUAUGUUAUACUGCAGUAGAAAAAAUUAGGUGUCUACCAGUAGGGAACUUUGUAUUGCAUGGCAUACUUCAUUCACUUGUUUGUUUAGUUUCUUUGUUUUGUUUUUCAUUGUUUUAUUGAACACUAAUUACAUACAAAGAUACAUACAGUUUUCCCAGAUUGUAGUAAAAUUUCACCCACAAGAGCACCAAUGUUGAAAAUAUCUAUAUACUAGUAGGUUAUGUAUUAUUUCUCUUUGGAAUGUGAUAUUUUAUUGAUAUACUGUUGUUAUUCAUUUUAAGACUUAAGUAUAUAUUUGUCUAUCAUUUGUACUUCUACAUUUUUAAUAUAUUUUUGUAGAAUAGAAUAUGUGUCAGAUAAUUGUAUUAAGAAAUUUGUGCAAAAGCUAUUAAAAAUACAUACAUAAGUAAA